GCGGUGCUGCUGCUGCCGUGCCGCCGCCUGCAGCCCUGCAGCCAGCUCUGCUCCAGCGGCUCCGCAAGGCGAGCCAAUGAUCGCUCUCGUGCAGACGCCGGGGAAGGCCUGGGAAGGAAGUAUUGCUGGUGAAGCGAUGCGGCUUCGCUGGAUUUGGCAGGCAUGAACCGCUUUGGGGAUCUCACCAUGUCCUUCAAGAAGGAGACACCACUUGCAAAUGCUGCGUUUUGGGCUGCAAGGAAAGGAAACUUGGCACUUCUCCAGCUGCUCUUGAACAGCGGGCGUGUGGAUGUGGACUGCAAAGACAGUCUUGGUUCAACAACUCUUAUGGUAGCCUCAUUCUAUGGUCACAAAGAAUGCGUGCGAGAAUUGGUGCUGCAAGGAGCUGAUAUCAACCUUCAGAGAGAGUCUGGUGCCACUGCCCUGUUCUUUGCUGCACAACAAGGUCACAACGAUAUCGUGAAGUUUCUCUUUGAGUAUGGAGCCUCCACAGAAUUUAAAACCAAAGAUGGAGGCACUGCUCUGUUAGCUGCGUGUCAGUACGGGCACAUGAGAGUGGUGGAAACGUUGCUGAAGCACGGUGCCAACGUUCACGAUCAGCUUUAUGACGGAGCUACUUCCCUUUUCCUGGCUGCCCAAGGUGGUUACCUGGAUUUAAUUCGGCUAUUGCUGUCUUCUGGAGCAAAGGUCAACCAGCCAAGGCAGGAUGGGACAGCUCCAUUGUGGAUAGCCUCUCAGAUGGGUCAUAGUGAGGUAGUGCGAGUGAUGCUGCUCCGAGGAGCAGAACGAGAUGCUACAAGGAGUGAUGGCACAACUGCUUUACUUAAAGCUGCGAACAAAGGAUAUAGUGAUGUUAUAGAGGAAUUGCUUAAAUUCUCUCCUACACUUGGUUUAUUGAAGAAUGGAACAUCAGCUCUCCAUGCAGCUGUUCUUGGGGGCAGCGCUAAAGCAGUAGCACUACUCAUAGAAGCGGGAGCAGAUCCGUUCCUUAGGAACAAGAAAAAUGAACUGCCUUCAGAUCUAACAAAAAACGAGUGCAUCCUACGGCUCCUGCAGACUAGAGAAAAGCACCGAAAGAGCUAAUACAGCUUUGCGUCUCAAGAGAGAGCCAAUGAGCCCUGCCCACAUUCGCCCUCAAGCAAAGCUAGUUAUCCUGCAGAACUGGAAAUGUUUUGCUGAGACUCAAGCAACAUGCCCCGACUCUUCCUCUUUGAACAGUCAGGAUUCUCCAUGGAGUGGCACUGCUAAGGUCCUAACACCACUGAACUCACCAGAUUUUUGUCUCUGGCUUCAGAUGCAGGGAAGACUGGGUCGUUAAGUGACUUUCCUGAAUAAGGUCUUCUUCUGUUCCAGAGAAAUAUUCCUUUGCUGUAGUAUUUAUCUGUUCCUUGAAGUAAACCUCCUGAUCCUUAUCAAAAGUUGCACAGGUCUUUUUAGUAGUGCUCUGGCAAGUCCAGUUUGGUCUGAACCCUUCUCAGGAUAUGCAGGUGGCACAGAUGGGGGCACCAGCAGUUUGGUUUCUCAUAGUGCUUCAAGCCUUUUAUAGCCCAUUGGUGUCUUGGUACCAAUUAGGCCAUUUGCUCACUGGUGUCAUGAAGGUUUCUGAUAAAAAUACGGGAUGUUCAGUUACUUGUAGCAGCACUCCCUUGCUAAGGCACACAUCACCUGUUAUAUUGUAGUUGUCACAGUGCAGGGGAGCAGGGUUAUCGGGGUGUGUGUGUGUGUGCUUGUGGGAGGGGGUAAGGAAGAUGUUGGCAGGGAGGGAGCAAAGCCCAAAGUGGGUGCCACCCCCUUGCGUCUGUCUUCCUGUCUACCCAGUAGGCUGUCAGGAGAGGGUCAGCUUCCUCUUGCUGAAUUGAACACCCAAAAGAGAGCUGCUGUGAUUAGGCUCAGAGUCACAUGCAGCUCUAAGGCUGCCAGCCCCUGUCAUGUUGCGAUGAUAUAGCUGUUAGCAUUCUUUAAUACCAAGGCCCACUUCAUAAAUUAUAUUCUUCCUACACACAUUAGUAUCGAGUGGUGAUCUCUAGACAGAUUUAUUAUUGCCUACUUAAUGAUGCUUUCCAUUUAUUUAUUCAAGACCCAUCUAUAUAGAGAUGCUGUCUGUCUGUCUGUCUGUCUGUCUGUCUGUCUGUCUGUCUGUCUGUCUGUCUAUCUAUCUAUCUAUCUAUCAUCUAUCUAUCUAUAGUAUCUAUCAUCUCUCUCUCUCUAUCUAAUGCCUAUCUCAUGGAGCUUUGCAUCUGUUUGUAUAUUGCCCUUCAUAUUAUUUAUCCAAGUAUGGUUUACAAUGCAUAUUAAGUUUUCCUAAAUCUAAGAAAAGCAUAAUGCAUGGUUAAGCCCUUACUCAACUGGUUUGUCUACUAUUGGAUCCCAGAAGGUUUUUGGAACAACGUUGAGCAAGCACAACAAUACGCUAGGAAGCCCAACCAUGCAGGAAAGGCUAGCAAACACAUGUUCUAUGCAAUUUAAAUCAAUUUUUGAAGAGUUUUGCUUUCAUUCUGGGAUGAGAUACUUAAAGCAGGCAAAACGAUAAAUUUUAUUUCACAUACUAAUUAUUUAAAAUUGCUGCAGGUGUUCAGGAUUUCUAUGAUACUUUAACUGACUGUUAGGGGGAGGGAAGUACGCUACUACUGUAUAGGAUGGAAUAAAGGUCUGUGGCUGGGAUUCAACUAAGUUGUUGUGAACAAGCAAAACUCUCUCUCCUCGCCCCCAAAUCUGCUCUGGAGGCAUAGGGAAUCCCAGAGCAGGCUUGGGGGCAUGCAGGGAAGGAGAGAGGGCAAAGCCCCAUUGUUCCGAGUGAAACUAGCAGUACAUUGAAGCCAACCCUAUGUGUUCCUGUUAGUCCUUUGGAACAUCCCAAGAACAAAGUGAGUAGUGAAAGCCUAUUACUCUGUAAAAGAAUACAGUUAAGAGUAUAUUUGUUGGAUCAAACCACUGGUCCAUCUAGCCCACAUAGUGUCCUUUUUCCAACACUGGCCAGCCAAAUUUAUCCUAGAAACACACGUGACAGCAGCUGUUGUCCACCAUUGGUAUUCAGUGGCAUGCUAUCUCUGAACAGCGACAUUCUAGUUGGUUAGCUAACAAAAUUUACAGAGCACUUCUACAAAAAAACAACAAACCUUUAAGCGGUUCAGGACUGUGUACACAUUACUGUUUGCUCUGCAUCCCCAUUGCUGGUUUUUUAAAGCCGUGUACACACAACAUUAGCCACAAUUCAUAUCUAUCCUGAAGUUUAUUGAGAAAUCCCGCUAUUUAAUGUGUUUUCCUUGAACCAUCUUCCAUCCAAGCUGAAAACUUAAGGUACAGUCACUUCGCAGUUCAGCUGAGGUGUAUGCAGUUGAGAAAGCCAUUGCAUGCGUGCAGAUGAUUACUUCCAUGAAUAGGAGUUCCAAAGAGAUUGUUCACUGUGUCCUCUCUGCCCAUUUGUGUGGAUACACAGCGGGUGACUUAGGAACACAUCAAACCUGACUGGUGUGUACGACACCAAACAAAAGCAACUUGAAAUGCAGCAGGGAAAACAAUCUUGCUGCAUUUUAAACUGGUAAUGUGUACCUAGCCUACAUAAAAGUAUACACUAUUAUAAAGUUUAGCUGUUAAAGCUAUUAACCAUCAAUAGCUUUGUACUGGACUGAUUCAUUUCUCUAUCUGGGUCAGUUGAAAGAAUUAGUAGAGACGGUCACCAAGCCUGCAACAUAUUUUAGGCAUGAGAGUCUACCAUACAGGUGCUAGAAACAUACACAGCAUAAAUAAAUCAUCUUUAGUAUUUAUCAAUAAGUGGUGCUUAAAAAAAACCUUGUCUGAUAAUUUGCAACAGCCUAUUUUUCUAGCAUAGUCAGGAUUGAUAACAGGUGCGUUGAUAACUCCAGGUGCAAUAUGACUGAAACAUUAUCCCAGCUAUCAAUAUAAAGAGACUCUGUUUAUUACAUAUGUAUUAUAACUUCUUAGUUAUAAUCCUUUCCCUGUGAACUGCUAUGUUAAUAUGCCACUUCUUGCUAGUUAUAACUACUGUAGGUGCCAACCAUUGAGGGUCUUGUGUGCUUCUCUAAUUUGUUAGAAGUCAUGCUACUCAGUUGCUUGUGUCAGAGUGGACAUAUUUUCAGUGCUAAGGGAAAUAAAUAGGCAUACCAUUUGCAAAGGCGGCAGGCUCAAAAUUCAGCUGGAAUAUUUCACUGUUACCUUGGUAAAUAAUAAUGUUUAAAAGACCCACUUUGCUGUUGCUCAACAUUAUUGAGUCAUUUUGACGUAUGCUGUAGACUUCAAGGAUCAUAGCUAUUGCAAAACAAAAAGUCUGAUCUAUAGGAGGAAGGGAAAGAAGUGGUGAAGCAGGGCUCUAAUGAACUGCAAACACAGAAUGCACUUUUCUAAUAAUAUGCUGUUGAUGGUGGUUUUUAAAAAGUGUUUUGGAGCACUAUGCUUAGCACUUAGCAAGCUGCUUGUGUGACUUACCAUUAAUACUGUGAUACAUAGUUUAAUGUUAUGGGGUUUUGUUUUGCUUAUGUUUGUGUCUGGGUUCAUUCUCCUUUAAAAGCUGCUGAAUUAACGCCUCUUGCCCUCCCAUUUACCUUUGGGAUUUUGCCAGGGGUGGUGAGGGUGCCAGGAUUGCUGAAAAUAUCAGAUUUUAUUUCCCCAGCCAGCAGGUAUGCCAAUGCUUAACACUGGUUUGGAAGGAAGAUUUGUCUACUGUUACAUCAUGGUUUGAGAAUACAACUUAUGCUGAUUACCAAAGUAUUUCUAUGACGUUAUUUCUGGUAUAGUGUUAUUUGUUGCAUUUAUCCAUUGCUUUAUAUAGAAAAUGUCUCAAAGUGGCUUACAAACCCAUAAAAUACAAAACAGCUAAAACAUAUUUACUGGUAUGUCCGAUAUAGAAUGUUGCUUGGUUAAAAAGAACCCUGGUUAUAGUAUCAUGUUUUGAUGUAAGUGUAGCUAGUUAAGAUGGUGUUGUAGUCAGUCUUAUGGAAUACCUGUGAAGCCUUAAAUUAUAUUACAAAAUCUGGAGCUUCAUUCCUUUUGUGACAACCUUUAGUAUUUUUUUUGCAAUAUACAAAUGAUUCAUUUAAAACAUCUGACCUAUAAUGCUUGAAUUAAAGGAAGAUAUAAUUUUAUAGUUCUACAAUAAAUUUUGUGUAGUUCAACAUUACAUGAACUUGGAUUGAGCUGUGCUUACUAUCAUAAUCACAUUUCCUUCCAGUGACUUAAAGCAGUGUUUCUCAACCUUUUUUGGGCCACGGCACACUUGUUCCGUGAAAAAAAUCACGAGGCACACCACCAUUAAAAAAGUUAAAAAAUUUAACUCUGUGCCGCCCUAUAUUAUAAUUAUGACUGUAAGAAACACUUGCCAAGUAUUGCUUUCCGGCGGGUCAGUGUUGUAUAUUGGCGGCCGCCAGGCUCGUUUGCACUGAGCUUUCGGAAAGAGGAGGAGAAAUAUUGCUUUCCGGCGGGUCAGCGUUGGUUAUUGGCGGCCGCCAGGCACGUGACAAUGCAAAUCGCCCUUCUCGUCGCCGCACGUCGCAGCACACCAGCCAGCGUCUCGCGGCAUACUAGUGUGCCGCGGAACAGCGGUUGAGAAACGCUGACUUAAAGUGUAAAUUGAUUCCAGACUGGCCACUUCUUGCUCUCUCUACCCAGACAUGUCUCUUUUCACUGUAAGCUAUGUGCAGAAUUGCAAUUGACUUCUAUAGUUGUGGAGAUAGAGCAGGCAUCCCCAAACUGCGGCCCUCCAGAUGUUUUGGCCUACAACUCCCAUGAUCCCUAGCUAACAGGACCAAUGGUCGGGGAAGAUGGGAAUUGUAGUCCAAAACAUCUGGAGGGCCGAAGUUUGGGGAUGCCUGAGAUAGAAGAUUGUAUGGGCGUACAUGGGCGUACCCAGUGCGGGGCAGGGGGGCAGCUGCCCCCCAGAAGCAAAAAAAGGGGGGAAGCUGUUGUCAAGGCAGUUCACCUUCUCAGUCGGGUACACGAUCUUGCCACAGCGGGCAGGGCCGUCUUAACUAUACCAGCCGCCAUGGUCCGGUGCCCUGCCAGGCAGGGCCAGGCACGGCGGGCAGCUGGAGAGCACGGCAUGACAGGCAAGGACGCUGCCAGCUGUGCUCUACCUUGGCCUGCUCGGCUGAAGCAAAACGGCAGCAGCGGCAGUGAAGCUGCCUCCGUCGAGGGAAUGUAUGCAAAUGAGGUGCCGCGGAGCAUUGUGGGGCAACACUUUCUGUGCUGUGCUCUCUGUGACUUGAAGGAGUGUGGGUUGAAGUUAGCCCAGGUCCAGGUUUCCCUCGACGGAGGCAGCUUCGCUGCUGCUGCCUCGUUUUAAUCACCGCUGCCGGUAAAGGAGCAGGCAAGGCAGAAGCGCAAACACGGGUGGCUCCGUGUGCCGCCUCGGCAAUGGCUGGAAACGGCCCCCUCCCCUCUGGGGGGCGUGGACAUUGACCACGCCUCCUGGGGGAUCCCAGCCAUGUCAUAGCCAGCCAAUCGGGUGGCUGGGGGUGGCAUGGCUGGCAUGCCCCCCCCCGUUUUGAUCCUGGGUACGCCCAUGUGUGCGUACAUACAUCCAGCUAUGCUCCAUGCAUGCUAGUGGGCAUGACAUAGCCAUGUUAGUAGAGGAAGGAAAAUACCAAUAAAAAAAUAAUGCUGUCCGGUUUUUUCUAAGGUUUGAGACAAGAUAGAAGAAGCAUGCAUCAGGGAGGAAAGAGCAGCAAAAUUAUUUGAUGACGAUAUCAUGCAGCUUCCCUGUAAAAAGUGAGUUAACCAAGAGUGGCAAUUCCAGAGUAAAUACAUAGGGCAGGAUUCACCUACUGGUAACAACGCUGGCCAGCAGAAGCCCUGGAUAAGGACUUCAACUUGCUUUUCCCACCCCCCCUGAAAUUGCCUUGGGGUGGAUGGGAUCAGGAGAACCCCAAUGCAGUGCACAGGGGGGAAAGAGGGGGCAUUGUUCUGUCAUACUUGUGGAGACAGAACAUUUGUCCAAGCACAACACUGAAUUCCACCUCAAGUGUGGAAGCACCCACAUCUCCCUGCCUUUAAACACUGCCAAUGGAAAUGAGAGGAUACUGUCAAAAUGUUGCAGUGUUUGAACAGCAGUUGGAUUCCGCUUAUGACAAUCUAACCAAAGAUGAUGCAAAUGUAGCUGUUUCUCUUAGCGAUACAUGAUAGUGUACAGAGAUAGGAACUUGCUCCAGAAUAUUUUCCCAUUUCAGUAUUAUUUUUCUCAUGCCUUUGCAUAUUGCUGUGUCUUUGCUAAAUUAUGUGCAAUUCAGUUUCUUUCCUCAGAUUACUUUCCCAUGUAAUAAUUAAAAUUAAAAUAAUGCUUAGCUUGUCUUUGCUUUUUUAUAUUCAGACGCUGAGAGGCAUUUAGUAUGCAGACUGAAUAUGAAUCUAACAGAAACUUCAUUUGAAUAGGGCAGUUCCCUGAUUUAUACUAACACCUACUUCUGUUAACAGCCACUCUACCGGUAUUUUGAAAAUUCAUCCUAAACUUGAAACUUGGGUUGGUAUUCAUCCAACCCACUUCUGGUAUUCAUCCACUUCUGUAUUUCCAUUAUGAGAAACUCGGUAUCUUGAAAAGUAUCCUGCAAUCUUCCUUGAAAUAUCUGGAUUGAUGACUAAUAAUAAUAAUAAUAAUAAUAAUUUAUUUAUACCCUGCCCAUCUGGCUGGGUUUCCCCAGCCACUCUGGGCAGCUUCCAACCAAAUAUUAAAAACACAAUACAGUAUGUUUUAUUAUUUAUUAAACUUAAAUCUCACAAAGGAAAGCAGGGUGGUAAAAACACUAAUCAUAAAAUACUGUAAUACAAAUUUAAAAAUCUAAAAACCACUAUAUAUUCUCACAGUUAACAAUUUCAAAGUUGUCAGGAACAGUAUAUUUCAGCCAUCAAAUGUCUGCUAAACAGGAAAGUUUUUUAAUGCCUCCUGGAAGUUGAUAAUAAGGGAAAUAAAUGCAGCUGAUUCUACAAAUCGGGAACCACCAGUGGGAAACACCCUCCCUUAGUAGCCUGAGUCACUUUCUUCCUUGUGAAUACUGUACAUAUGUGGCUUGCAGAAGUGCCCUAAUUUGCACUUUAAACACCAAGCUAAGAGCUAUGUGCCCCACCUGUUGUUUGCUGCAGUAUCCCAACAUACCUACCUCCAAGCUGAUCUACCUGCAA